AUGCGGCAAAAAUCUGUGAGAGCCCAAAAAAAAAAAUAUAUCCAUAUAACACUUUCCCGCCAAAAAAAAAAUUCACAAUUCUCAAUCGCCGGAGCUUUCGAAGCUUCGACACCGAAGCCGUCCGCGCUGCCGUCAGCCGACAUGUAUGUGAACACAGAUGAAAACAGGAGUGGAAAAACGAGAUUCCGAUCGGCGGCGACUGGCGAUUUGCCGCGCAUCUUGGCCGUCUAUUUCCCCCAAAUCAGCCCCGACGAUGCCGAGUUCAGAUUUCAGCUCACCUCAGACCUCUUUCAGUUCUUCUCAUCUCCGCUGGCCCGACAAUUUGUCGAUCAGGUGAAAGAGGAAGACGGGUUGUUCUUCCUGCCGCUCGAUUUUCAGCAGUUUCGUAAGGUAUGUGACAUUCAAGAAUUUUAUGCGGCCUUAGAGGAAAGGCCCAAAGAUGCUCUGCUGUGUAUGAGUGCCGCCGUGCACAAGGUACAUUUUACGAAAGAGAAUAUGGCAGAGGAUUAUGUAAGGAUGAAUAUCCGUCUGCACAACUACCAGGAGUCGUUGAUUGCGUUGAAGAACCUCAAGGCUGCUUAUAUUGGCAGACUCGUCUCCGUGAGGGGAACUGUAACAAAAGUUAGCACAGUCAAGCCUCUAGUGAUGCAAAUGAGCUUUUCAUGUUUUAAAUGUGGAACCACCAUGACUUGUGACUUUCCUGAUGGAAAAUUUUCUUCACCAACAAGAUGUGAUAUGCAAGCUUGUAAAAGCAGAAAUUUUAAUCCAAUCAGAUCUACUGCUCGGCCGAUCGACUUCCAGAAAAUUAGGGUUCAGGAGCUGCUAAAAUCUGAACAUCAUGAAGAAGGACGUGUUCCUCGGACAGUUGAAUGUGAACUGACCGAAGAUUUGGUGGAUGCUUGCAUUCCUGGAGAUGUUGUGACUGUAUCUGGCUUCAUAAGAGUCAUUAACAAUUAUAUGGAUAUUGGUGGAGGGAAAUCAAAAAGCAAGAAUCAAGCAUUAUACUAUUUGUACCUAGAAGCUGUGUCGGUGACAAACACUAAAUCCCAGACUGUGCCUGAUGAUAUGAAACAUACUGACACCAAUCCUACAAAGGCAGAAAAUUUAGACUUAUACUCGUUUUCUCCAAGAGAUUUAGAAUUCAUUGUAAAGUUUUCUGAAGAGUAUGGUUCUGAUGUAUUCCGGCAAAUUCUGCAAUCAAUUUGCCCAUCCAUCUAUGGCCAUGAGCUUGUUAAAGCGGGAAUUACAUUGUCACUGUUUGGUGGUGUUCGGAAGCAUUCAAUGGAUCAGAACAAGGUACCUGUGCGGGGAGAUAUCCAUAUAAUUGUUGUUGGUGAUCCUGGACUGGGAAAAAGUCAACUACUUCAAGCUGCAGCUUCCGUUUCCCCACGUGGCAUAUAUGUGUGUGGCAAUGCCACAACUAAUGCUGGCCUUACGGUUGCUGUGGUGAAAGAUCAUAUGACUGGUGACUAUGCAUUUGAAGCCGGUGCUAUGGUCAUUGCAGACCGUGGAUUAUGCUGCAUUGAUGAGUUUGACAAAAUGUCAGCUGAACACCAGGCCCUAUUAGAAGCGAUGGAACAGCAGUGCGUCUCGGUUGCGAAGGCAGGACUUGUAGCCAGCUUAUCAGCAAGAACAUCUGUUUUAGCAGCAGCAAACCCUGUUGGGGGUCAUUACAACCGUGCAAAGACUGUGAAUGAGAAUUUGAAAAUGAAUGCCGCUCUUCUCUCUCGAUUUGAUUUGGUUUUCAUUUUGCUUGAUAAACCUGAUGAGUUGCUGGACAAGAGACUUUCAGAGCAUAUAAUGUCACUUCAUGCUGGCAAUGGACAACCAUCACCUUCUGUAAAGAGAUUAUGUACAGAGUCACGUGGUACUAGAAAUGUAGACAUGAAUGUGAAUAACGGUUCACUAGUUGCACGGUUAAGGCUAAACCCUAAGAGAGAUAGUGAUUUUGUUCCUCUCCCUGGUCCUCUCCUGCGUAAAUACAUUGCUUAUGCAAGAACUUACAUAUUCCCAAGGAUGACAAAGCCAGCUGCAGAAAUCUUGCAGAAGUUUUACUUACGUCUUAGAGAUCAUAAUACUUCUGCCGAUGGUACUCCAAUAACAGCUAGGCAGUUAGAAAGCUUGGUUAGGCUUGCAGAAGCUCGAGCCAGGGUGGACUUAAGGGAGGAAAUAAGCACACAAGAUGCUUUGGAUGUUGUUGAAAUAAUGAAAGAAUCGUUAUACGACAAAUAUGUUGACGAGAAUGGCCUUGUCGAUUUUGGGCGUAGUGGGGGAAUGAGUCAACAGAAAGAAGCCAAGAGAUUCUUAAGUGCCUUGAAUAAACAAUCUGAAUCGAAGCAAAAAGAUUGUUUCUCUAUAUCUGAGCUAUACAGUUUGGCAGAUAACAUCAGUUUAAGAGUUUCAGAUAUCGACACCUUAGUGGAUAAUUUAAACACUGCUGGUUAUCUAUUGAAGAAGGGCCCAAGGUUGUAUCAGAACAAGGCCUUCAGAUUUAAAGAUCUCGGCGAUGGAUCACUGAGGCGGGCAGUGUUCGAGGCGACGGUAACCGCGGAUCACUGGGGCUUGUGGCUUUUUUCGGGCUCAAUAGGGGCGCGACGCCAGUUUAUUUCAAAAAAAUUGUGA